UGAUUUUGAUCUUUACAGUAUCUUUUUUGGACUCUUUCAUAGUCAAUCUGAUUGGCUCAAUGUGGUUUUGAUUUUUUUAUCCUUUUUGCAUUGAUUUGUAUUUCCUUUACACGUUUAGUGGAUGGUCAAUUGUUUGAAUUCAAUCAAUUUAGAUAUUUAGUUAGAUUUACUUGUUACCUUGUCGAACGAUUAGCUCGGCACCAUGGACUCAAGUAUUGAAGCAGCGGCUGAUGAUUCUUCUGACGAAUAUACCUCUUCCUGUGAAUCUGGUCAAGAAGAUAGCCUUGGUGAUCUUGCAACUGAUUUAUUAACCCUCAACUUAGAUGAAACCAACAAUUUACCAACUAGUUCUAAUCAAAAUGAAUCUAGAAAUGAAAGUGCGCCAGAUAAUCAAUGCUCUUGCAAUAGUUCUUUAUGUAAGUUGGAGUUGAUUUGUUAUAAAUACGAUUUGAAAGCAGUAGAGAACGAAAAGAGAUUGGCUACAGCUACAUUCAAGUCUGAAAUAGCCAAAGUGAAAAAGCAAUACUCUCAUGCUUUAUCUCGAUUGAAAAAAGAGACGAAAAAAGUUAAAGAUAGAGAGGAAACGAUUAAUCAAUUAACCCAAGCUCUGGAUGGAUUAAAUAAAGAUUUGGAUUCGAUGCGUUUAGCAAAGGAAACUGCUGAGACAAAUCUAAUCAAAAUGUUACAAGAGCUUGAAUUGGAUGCUUUCAGCUAUGUUUCGGAAUUGGAUGCAGUCAAAUCGCAAAACGAUGAAUCGGCGAGAAAAUAUAGAGGAUAUAUUGGUGGUUUGAGGAAGAAAAUUUCUCGGCUUAAAGGAAAACUCGAAGAAUACGAAUAGAUUGAAUUAUCUCAAUGAUAUACCAUUACUUAUCUGUGAUACACUUAUGCCUUGGUCAAACUUAAAUAAAGUCCCAUAAUAUAAACGCA